AUGGAGUCUAUCAAGCAUACGAUCGCUGAAAACCUCGGCGUUGCUCCCACGCUCUCUGGCGACCCGCACAAGCUCGUCGACACUCAAUAUCAGUUCGAGCUUGAACAGGUUGGCGACCUCUCUGGCAAAGUUGCCCUUGUCACUGGUGGUUCCGAGGGUAUCGGCUUCGGAUGCACACACACGCUGCUCAAAGCCGGCAUUUCGAAAGUUUUCGUCAUGUCCAUGUCCGAAGAGAUCAUCUCACAGGCCAAGGACGCCUUCGACAAAGACGAAGAGCUACCGCAAGAUGCUGCCAGUCGCAUCGUAUGGAAGCGAUGCGAUCUGAUGGACUGGAAGCACGUUCAACAAAUCGGCCGCGAAAUCACCAACGAGACCGAUCGCCUCGAUAUCUUCAUCGCAAACGCUGGCAAAGGCAUCAUGAAAUAUGCUCUUGAUCGACACGGUAUCGACUCUCACAUGUCCAUCAACCAUCUCGGUCACGUCGUUCUAAUCGAUGCUAUCCUGCCAUUGCUGCAACAGACGACGCAAAAAUUCCAGACCAAAGUACGUGUUGUCUCGCUCAGCUCCAACCUCGCUGCUCAAACCCCCAAGGAAACCGAGUUUGACACCGAGGAAGACUUCAAGACCGACAUUGGUCCUCAGCCUCUGUACGGUCGCUCGAAGCUCGCCAACUUGCUCUUCAUCCGCUACCUGAACCGCAAGUACAGCCUCGAAGGCGACCACACCGACGUGAUCUUCAAUGCGUGUCACCCCGGCAUUGUCGAGACGAGACAGUCUGAAGUUUGGAUUCACGAACCUUUCCCUAUCCUUGGUUACGGAAUGAACAUGAUCAAUCCGAUCAAGAAGGAUAUCUUCCAGGGAAGCGUCUCGGCAAUGUACUGCGCUACCCAGCCGACAAAGGGCGGCAACUUUAUCUGUCCGCCAGCAAUUCCUGAAGACGGACCGGAGAAGAGCCGUGACGAAGACAUGCAAGACAGGCUCGCACGUUUGUCCAUGCAAGUGAUCGAGAGAGCCGGCGUCACUCUUACGACCAUCCCGGUAUGA